AUGGCUGCCAUUAGCAAAAGAAAAAGGAGAAACCAAAGAUCACCUACAAGGAAGAACCCCCGAAAACAGAUCAGAGGGAGAAAGACCCAGGCCAAACGUGGGAGAAAGACAAAAUCAAGACAAGUUGCGAAAUACGUGAAGAAAAACUCAAGAAAAAAGAAUCCCUACAAACAUAAGGAAUUGCCCUUAACCAAAAAGGCUAGAGGAAUCCUUAGUUCUUGCGUGGAAGGACUCUGCGAGGCAAUAUCCUCUGAAGCUGACCGCUUGAGGAAGGAAAAAUGUGAACCCCAAAUUAGCCACAAAGUUCUGCUAACUGCCUUGGAAAAGUCUUUGUCAAAGAAAAACAUCAGGCACUCAGUGACCCCAGAAGUCAAGAAAAUAAAAAGGAAGAGACAGCCUUCUGUUGAGGUUGGCAAAAAGGGGUCUAACCUCUCUGAACAGCAAGCUGAGCCAAACCAGAAACUCCCAAAGCAACGCAAGCAACCAAGUUCCCCAAUUACUGAAUGA